UUCGGACUCAAAAAUAUUAUCCUGUAAAUAAUUUUCCAAAUUACAUACAAAAAUUAGCUCUAAAUUCAACUUCUUCUCACACCGUUUUGAACAAAACAAUGGCCACCAUUUCCGCCGCUGCCUCAACUUCUUCGGUCACCCGAGCCACUCUUGUUCACAGGCCUCCCACCGGGGCGUCUGCAUCACCUGUUCUUGGGUUGCCACGAAUGGCAAUGAAGGGGAAAGUAAGGUUUUCCAUGAAGGGAAAGCAGGACAAUAAGCCAUGCUUGGGAAUGAGCGCAUCAGUGUUGGCAGCUGCCUGCGCAGCCACCAUGUCAAACCCUGCAGCCAUGGCUCUGGUGGAUGAGAGAAUGACCACUGAAGGAACAGGUCUUCCAUUUGGUUUGAGCAACAAUCUUCUUGGGUGGAUUCUUUUGGGUGUGUUUGGUCUAAUUUGGGCUCUUUAUUUCCCUUACACUGCUAGUCUUGAUGAAGACGAAGACUCUGGAUUGUCCCUUUGAAUCCAUGCCAAACCAAAUCCCCAUUACAGAAAUGUAAAGAGUUUGGCCAUUAGUCCUGUGUUACAACUGUAGUAAAACUACCUUUUUCUGUGGCUUAUUUGUGUAUUGUUUCUCAACUCUUUGAUUUCAUUUCUGUUUUUGCUUCAAUGAUCCUGUUCAUGGAAUCAUGUAGAGAUUGUAUGAUCAAAAGGAAAAUAAUGGAUCUGAAUUGGUCAUGCUGCAACCAUUCAUGCUCAUUGCAAGCAUAACUAUGAGAAGACCUCCUAUCAUAAUAAAUCAGUUGAUCAUCUUUGCCAGUAA